AGCUAGAUAUAACACACAAAAUGCUUUGUGACAGGUUAGAGGUACGUAGGCGGUGGAGUCGAAAUGAAGGUUGAUUGUGGUUUUGUUUGUUGGGGUUGGCUUGGUGUUUUGAAGCACAUGGCAUUUUAGGUGCGACCGACCACGGAUAUUAGGUCUUCGUCAUGUAUAAAUCCUUUCUUUUAUAUGCAAGUACUGCAUACCGAACAAACACCUCUUCAACCGCAAAACCCACACUCUUUGAAGGGCAAACAGAGCAGCACUACUUUCUCAACGCACCUCCUCGCGACCCCGGCCACUCGAGACAUAUCCUCUGCUUGUGGCAAUCUUGACACCACACAACCAACAGCCAUGUGCGAGAAAGGCAUCCUCAUCUGGACCUGCGGCUGCACCCACCUCCAAGACCCCCGCUUCUGCCGAAAGGCUAUCUUCCGCAAGAAACCCUGCGAUGGCUACGGUUUCUCCUGGGCCUACCGCUCUCCAAUCCCCUGGCACACGCUCAAGAAAUGUCCCUCUUGCUUGCACGCCGAAGAAGUCCGCAAAGCACAACUUGCCAAUGAAGCUUUACUGGCCACUUCCUCGGCUUAUCCUACUUUGCAAUCAGUGGCCAAUGGAGAUGAUAGUAGGAGAGAAGGCAGAGGAAGACCGAGAUUUGAUCGUGUAGCGAGUGGGGGGGAGAUUUGCGUGCCGGAGGGGUGGAGGCCAGAGAUGAAUAGGCUGCCAGGGAAUGCGAACGAGUAUUCUGCAUGGUUAGGUGGGAGGUUUGACCCCCUUGUCAGACUUGAAGAUACACAUCAGCCUAGCUCAAGAGUUGCUAGACCACAAUCUUCACUGCCCGCCAGAGCUGCACGGGCACAAGAAAUACCAGCACAGCAAGUACAGCACAGAGUACGUUUGCAUGCGCCCCCGCAGUGUUGGAAUGGUCCUGUGGUGUUGGAGGAGAAUGCGUAUCCUUUUGUCGAGUUCAGGUGUGCUUCGGGGCAGAGACCGGGGCAGAGCAGGAGACCAUCUUAUACUGGGAGGGUGUUGGACAAAGGGUGGGCUCCUCCGUCGAGUGGGACUUUGCCGCCACAGAGGGAUGUGGAUACUGCGCCGCCUUCUCAGGUGCCAUCGCCGCAUUUGAAGGUCUCACCAUCACGAUUAAGGAUUACUCAAUCCAAGUGGUUUUGAUGGUAAGAGAGGAAGUUCAGAUCGGGGUUGGAGGAAGCGAGUGUUUGACUGAUGAUGUUAUGAUU